UAAAGAUUAUGGAAGCCGAUCUCCCACAAUCCCCUGCAUGCAGCGCCCUUCAUUCUGCCAACCUGAAGAGUUUCAACACAGCAAGAGAAGACUCAAUACAGGGCUUCAACAGUUUCCAGCCUCCGCCUUUCAGUAUGCACUCUCCCUGCAGCUCCCAGACCUUCAUCACUGCCUGCCUGCAGAGCGAUACCACAUCUCACACCUCCAUCGCCCACAGCACUGAGGAAGAGGAGUACAGAAGUGAGGAAGAGGAGGAGGAGGAGGGAGAGAGAGCAGGGGUCGCUGAGGCAGAGCAGAGGGAAGAGGAUGGAACCAGCCUUAGUCGACCUCUGGUACAUUUGGAGGAUGAAGAGCAAGCUUAUGAAGAAGAGGAGAAAUCAUCACAGACUGCAAAAGAAAGCAGGGACGAAGAGGAAAACAUGGCAGAGCAGAGUGAGGAAGAAGAGCGUGUUGAAGAAGGAUGUGAUGAAGAGGAGUGUGUUAAAGAAGGAAGUGAUGAAGAACAUUGUGUUGUAGAACGAUGUGAUGGAGAGGAGUGUGUUGAUGAGUACACUGGUGAAAAAGAGCGUGAUGAAGAGUACAGUGAUGAAGAUGAGCGUGUUGUAGGGGGCAGUGAUGAAGAGGAGUCGGUUGCAGGCAGCAGUGAUGAAGAUGAGCGUGUUGAAGAGGAGUGGGUUGAAAAGGGCAGUGAUGAAGAUGAGGCCGGCCUCUGUCACCCACAGAGAGAGGUGAGUUCAGGAGUGGAGGAGGAAGGGCCUGAGGACGAGGCUGAUGACAGGAGGAAGGUGACAUCAGGAUUAUUUGAUCAAGAAACAGCAGGUGGAACAGGCUUACUGCCUGGGUCACAGAAGAAGAAGGAACAUCUGAUGGAGUCACAGCAGAGUCUACUUGAAGACACCACCAGAGCUCACUCUACCCUGGACGACGUCCUGCAGGAGUUUGAAUGUGAGGAGGAAAGAGAGAGUCCAGGAGCCCGAAGAGACGGCAAAAUCCUGUGAGGGAGCACAUCACACUAAUACUAGUGUGUGUGUG